UCUCCUUCACUGGAGGUUUUUAAACAGAGGUCGGAUGGCCACCAGUCAAGGAUUCUUUAGCUGUAGUUCCUGCAUUGCAGGGGGUUGGACUAGAUGACUCUUGGGUCCCUUCCAACUCUAUGAUUUGCCACAACUUCGGAUGAUAAUGUGUAGGACUGAAUCCAGGUUUUUGUGGGCAAACUGUGCUCAGGAGCGGGGCAGCGAUUUUGCACUACUGAUUCCUGGCAGGGGAGGUUUAAUCCAGUUUGCAUUUGAAAGCAAACUUCUUCCCCAACUCAGUUUCCAAAUUAAUAUGCUAUGCAAGACAUUGCUGCCCUUUGAAGAUCGCCCGACUCUGAAUUUUGCAAUGUGAUUCUUCAGCCUAGGAAUAAGUACAAAAGGCACAUGCUGUGAUAAAUUUUGUGUGUGUGCGCGCGCGCGUGCAUGUGCGCAAAUGCAGUAUUAGUGGAAAUAGCAUUUUUAAUUGCUUUAGGGGAGUUUUAUACUCAUGCAUUGCAUACAAUAAUGUGCAUAUUAACAGAAGUUGGCAAGAAAAUGCUGGUGAAUUUUCAUGAUGAUUUCACUCCCCCCACCCCAAUUGCAAACUGAGAUGCGAAUGUGGAGGGCUGAAUUUAGGACUGGGAAAAUAGGCAAUUAGCUCCAUCCGGUCUCACCUCUGCUGUGAUUUUGUGGCUCUCCUCAGCUCUGGGACUCCAGAUGUGCUGUGUAGCCAAGUGCAGGAAUGGCCACGCAGGUAAUUUGAGCCCCAGUUCUGGACUAAGGGAUUAUCCAACAUUUAGCUUUUGCCCUGCUCUUUCCAGGCACAGGCCUGUGCUUAAAAGCUCCAUGUCAGACUGGUUGGUUGGUUUGCCCAGGAAAACCCGCUCUUUAGUGCUCAAUCAGAGCAAAUGUCAAUUUGAGUUUUCUGCAGGUUGCAGUUUGCUCCGAUGAGCUUUAAAUAGCAGGGUUUCACUGGAAAUUUCUGGAGAGGGAAAAGGGGGGGGGUGCUUAGACAUGGAUCUUUAAAACUUGGGCUGUGCCUGGAAAGAGCGGAGGGAAGGGAAGUGUGAAUAAGCCCUAUAUGACCUUAGGAUUCCUUCUGCUCUGUUGGGAAAGGGUCAUAGCUCAGUGGCAGAGCAUCUGCUUUGCACAAAGAAGGUCCCAGGUUCAAUUCCCAGGUGGGGCUGGGAGGGAUCCCCUGCCUCAAACCCUGGAUAGCCUCUCCUAGUCCUUGUAGACAACACUCAGCUAAACAGUCCAAUGGUUCGACUUGGUAUAAAGCAGUUUCUUGCUUGAAUCAUCCCUUUAUUCUGAAGCAUGAGGACUAGAAUCCUGCUUUGUUUUUAGGAGAAGGGCCAUAGCCUAGUGGUAGAACAUCUGCUUUGUACACGGAAGGCCCCAGGUUCAAUCUGCAGAUAUGCCUGGGAGCGCCCCCCUGCCUGAAGCCCUGGAGAGCCGCUGCCUGUCAGUGUAGACAUUACUGAGCUAGAUGGGCCAAUGGCUUCUAAUUUAAAAUCACCCCUUUAUUUUAGAACCACAAGGAACUUAUUUUAUGCUAUGACUUGGAGCAUCAGAAUUUGCAUGCAAAAGGUCCCAUCAGGUGGGACUGACAGAGACUCCUUGCAUGAAACCCUGGAGAGCGGCUGACAGUCAGUGUAGACAUUACUGAGCUAGAUGGGCCAAUGGUUCAUUCAUUCAUUCAUUCAUUCAUUCAUUCAGGCUUUGUUGGCAUAACAGGAUCUGAGUCAGCAUGAUGACUCUUUCUCCCCGCCCCCAGAAUUGGGUGACGCUGCUUGGUGCCCAGCAAUCUGGCCCGAUUGCCCAACCGCUGCUGUUCCUGCCACAUCUCUUGCCACCUGACGCAACUGGGCUGGUGAGACUGGCAGACACUGUGUCCCUUUUGGCAGCCCCUCCCUGUCCCUGUUCAAAGGGCAGACGAGAGCUUUGCUUCUAUAAACAGAGAGGGCACUGGGACAAAAUCCAGAAGUGCUUUCAGAGCAGUGCAUCUGGUGAAAGUAAGUAAAAGGCCACGGGCAUUGCCUGCAGGCAGCAGAGCCCGUUAUAUUAUUAAGGUGAGGAAGCUCAGGGGCAGAGCAUCUGCCUUGCAUGCAGAAGGGUCCCAGGUUCGAAUCUGGCCAUCUCCAGCUCAGGCAGAUUCCUAUUUCAUUCAGGUCUUUUCUUUUUAACCAGAGGGACUAGAAAGUUUAUUUUUAGGGAAAGGGUUUUAUAGCUUACUGGGAAAUAGAGGAACCAAUGGUCGCUCAGCAGUGAAGGACCAUAGCUCAGCGACAAGAGCAUCUGCUUUGCACAACAGGUUCAAUCCUCAGCAUCUCAAGUUUACUUUAGACCAAAAACUUCACACUUUCUCAAGGAUGGACUACGCAAAGAAGUCUCUGUGCUUGCUAUCCCCUCGGUCCCUCACCAAGUGUGUGUCAGCCAACGCUCCUCAAGCCCGGCCUUACCGAGUCAGCAACUGCGACCGCACCGUCCGCAAGGGGAUCAUGGCCGACAGCCUGAGGGAUCUCCAUGAGAAGGUACGCAGUGCCCUACUCUUAGCGGGCAACAUCUCCAUUGUCCUGGAUGAGGAUGGCACCACCGUCGAGACAGAGGAGUUCUUCCAGACUCUGGAGGAUGGGACAGUCUUGCUGGUGUUGACCAAAGGACAGACAUGGCGCCCAGCUAAGACAGCAGGCUACCAGCUCUCCCUGUCCCACAAGCCCCGGCGCAGGAUUGACGUGGCCUGUGUAACCUUUGACCUGUACAAGACUGACCCUCGGGACUUCAUUGGCUGCCUGAAUGUCAAGGCCACGCUCUAUGGGACAUACAGCAUGUCUUAUGAUGUACAGUGCUAUGGGGCCAAGAGGAUAAUGAUGGAAGCUUUACGCUGGACCCUCUUCACCAUGCAAGCGACGGGUCACGUGUUGCUCGGCACGUCCUGUUACAUGCAGCAGUUGCUGGAUGCCACCGGGGAGCCAAAGGAGGAGGAUGGGUCGCCUCGAUGCCAACUGCAGUCCCCUCCCACCAGGAAGAUGCUGCAGUGAUGGUUGGGGAGAAUCUCGCCUGCCGCUGACUUUCAUGCCGAGACUUUUGACAUCCCCUGCACAAUGUAACCACGCCGACUAAGGUGUUGUAGGAAGGAGCACGAACACUCAUGCCCCUGCCUGGCCCUUGGGCAGAAACUGCUGGGGAUCCAAGAAGUCUCACUGCUGCUGUAUUAUUUAACCACACACUAAUUUAUAUUAUUCUUUAAUGGGAUAUUAUCAUUGCCAUAACUCCCAGGUGGAAGCUGGUUGCCGGGCAGAGCCCAGCCUCCCCUUCACCUCCAUGUAUUUAUUUUAGAUAUGGGAUUUUUAGCCUGCCUGGUGUCAAGUCUUGUUCACGUGGGCUUGUAUUGCAUUGUUAAUAGAUAUAUUGCAUUAAAAUGGAUUUU